GUAGAUGAAAAAUUUUCUCGUGAAAAUCAAGUUACAGCUUGAAAAUGGAACAGAAAGCUUUAGUAUUUCGAGUAUUUCCAUCAGUUUUGGUCGUUUUGCUGGUGGUAGUGAUUGCUCCAACACUCGUAGUCGGUCAUGGGAUGAUGCUGAGUCCACCGCAACGAUCAUCGAUGUUUAGGCUUGGCUUUAAAGUACCUCCUAACUACAACGACAACGGUCUAAAUUGCGGAGGAUUCGGGGUUCAAUAUAAUGACAUUAAUAAAGGGCGAUGCGGGGAAUGCGGAGACGAAUGGAGUUUACCCCGUCCAAGACCCAACGACGAAGGAGGUCAAUACGGCACAGGAAUUAAAGGGAAAACUUAUUACCAAGGAUCAAUUAUUGACAUUACAGUUAACAUAUCGUCGAAUCACAAGGGAUAUUUCGAGUUUCGAUUAUGCCCAAAGAGUUCGGCCAGCGAAUUAGUUACGCAAGAGUGUCUAAACGCCAACUUGCUGAAAAUGACCGAUGACACGACAAGGUUUUACCUUCCAUCUCAAGAGUCGAAACCUUACUUUCCCAGAGUUAAACUGCCUGCUGGGUUGAUUUGCGAAAAUUGUGUGCUACAAUGGCUGUAUAAUACAGGAAAUUCGUGGGGCGUAUGCGCAAAUGGGACUGGUGCACUUGGAUGUGGCAAUCAGGAGACGUUUGUCAACUGCGCUGAUAUAAGCAUAUUACCCUAGAGAAAAUGUCUUCUCAAUUCAGACUGGAUAUCAGGGAGCAUCAUAUUACAUCAUGGAAUUUCAGAUUUUCCUUGACGACGCUUACAGACUGUAUCACCAAGAAACAAUACUAAACAUAGCACCCCUUAAAAUUCAUGUAUUUUUAUCAUGCAUGUGUACCCUAAUUCAUGAAUAUAUUACACGAGAUAUAGACCGCAAAUUUC